AUGUCGAACGAAGACGCCCCGAGGGGUGGGGACGACACGCCAAAGACGACGCUCUCCGCGGGCGCGUCGGCGUUCAACUUUAACCCAUCCGCCGCCUCUUUCGAGUUCAAGCCGAGAACGGUGGCGCCGGUGAGCGAAGGCGCGCCGCCGCCGCCCCCGGGCGCGCCACCGGCCAAGGCGGUGUCGCUGUCGAUCGGUGGACCGGCGAAGGAGGUGACGAUCGGGUCUUUACCGGCCAAGGCGAAGGAGAUCUCCAUCGGCGGCCCGGCGAAGGCGGUGUCGCUUUCGAUCGGCGGCCCGGCCAAGGCUGUGUCGAUCGGGAUUCCGUCCAAGGCGAAGGAACCAGAAGUACCGAGCGUGGAAGCGUCUUCACCAGCGGCGGAGACCACGGCGGCGACGGAGGCCAAUGAGGUUGAGAAGGUCGCGCAGAAGGUUGAGAAAGUUGUCAUCGAGGAUGACCCUGUGGACGACGUCGAGGACGAAACCUUCGACAAGCGCGAACACUUAAACCUGGUUUUCAUCGGACACGUCGACGCGGGUAAAUCCACGAUCGGUGGACAGAUCUUGUUCUUGUCUGGGAUGGUUGACGAUCGCGUGAUUCAAAAGUACGAGCGAGAGGCGAAGGAUAAGAACCGCGACUCGUGGUACAUGGCGUACAUCAUGGACACCAGCGAAGAAGAACGGGCCAAGGGUAAGACGGUCGAGGUCGGUCGCGCGCACUUCGAAACGGAAAAAAAGCGUUAUACCGUGUUGGAUGCGCCGGGUCACAAGAACUACGUUCCAGAAAUGGUUGCCGGCACUGCGCAGGCGGAUGUGGGAGUGCUCGUUAUUUCUGCGCGUAAGGGUGAGUUUGAAACCGGUUUCGAAAAGGGAGGUCAGACACGAGAACACGCACAGCUCGCAAAGACGUUAGGUGUCAGUAAAUUAGUCGUCGUGGUGAACAAAAUGGAUGAUUCGAGCGUCCAGUGGGAGAAGGAACGUUUCGAUGAGAUAAAGACAAAGGUGACGCCGUUCUUGAAGCAGUGCGGUUACAAGGUCGACACGGACGUGACAUACGUGCCAAUCUCUGGAUUGACUGGUAAGAACAUGAAAGAAAAGGUCCCCUCGGAUAUCUGCUCGUGGUACUCUGGGAAGUCAUUCUUUGAUACCUUGGACGACUUGGAUCCGCUUCCAAGAGAUCCAAACGCUCCCGUUCGCCUUCCCAUCAUGGAUAAAUACAACGAAGCGGGGUGUAUGGUGAUGGGUAAGAUUGAAUCCGGUACCUUGCGUCAAGGUCAAACCCUGAUGCUCAUGCCGAACAAGGCUGCGGUGAAGAUUGCCACCAUGUGGCGCGACGAAGUUGAGUGCACGAAGUGUUUGCCUGGCGAAAAUGUACGCUUGAAGCUGACCGGGGUGAACGAUACCGACGUUCAGCCCGGUUUCGUAUUGUGCGGGGUCAAGGAUCCGGUGUACAUCUGCGACGAGAUUGAGUGCCAGCUCGCGCUUCUGGAGUUGCUCGAGCACAACUCGAUCUUCACAAAGGGUUACAAGGCCGUGAUUCACAUUCAUGCCGCCACCGAGGAGGUUGAAGUGACUAAACUGAUCUCUGAAAUGGACAUGAAAACGCGCAAGCCGAAGGAAGGGAAACCCAAAUUUAUGAAAAGCGGCUCGUUGGGUAACUGUCGCCUCAAAUUUGCCCAACCCCUGUGCUGUGAGAAGUUCGCAGACUACGCACAACUUGGUCGCUUCACCUUGCGCGACGAAGGGAAAACCAUUGCCAUCGGCAAGGUCACUCGCCUCAAGCCCACGGGCUCCUCCGACUAA